CCACACAGGCACGAACACAACCUGUUGUAAGUGCACUGACGCACCAGUCAGCUCUUGAGAAAAGCUGUGCACAUUUCUGGUAUCUCUUUCAAAGGAGUCCAAUCAGCAGCUCAUGUGCUUCCCACAGGUAAUGGGUGCAGCCAGCAGGGAUUGCAUUAUCCUUUGUGACUAAACGGCCAGCUCACACCGCAACUUUGAUGAUGUCAUCUGACGGCAGGCAACCAGUCUGAAGUGGAGAUGACAGCGAAUUUAGACUGAGGAAAUCUUGAGGAGAAAGAACUGAAGAAAAGCUUCCACCCGGGUGCCUUAAUGCUCUUGUACUCUGACCCCACCUGCCUUAUCUCUUAGGCAAAGAAGACUUUCGCCAAGCGACACACCUGGAGGGUUCUGCAAUGCAAGCGGUAGUUUGACAAGAGGAAGGAUUAGCAAAAAAGGAUCAAGUGUCCAAUGACACCCACCCAGGCAGCAGUAAGAACACAGGCUGCACAACGAACGCUUCCAUGUAACAGCUCAACAAGUCCCAUCAUGUCAAGGACGAGUUUGUCAGGGUGUACAGGUAGACGCAACCUAGUUUCCUGACAGAGACGUGUGUGAGUGAGUGGGAUUCAAAUAUCCUGUAUUUGCUCAGCAGGACAGAUGGCAGUAUGCUCUUAAGCUUCACAACUUCCUAAGGAUUUAUUGUUGAUCAAAGGAGGAGAUACAAAAGGAUACAAAGACUUUUCGGGACAUAUAAAAACGGAUAAAUUCAAUUAUUUAAGUCUCUCUUAACCAGAUCUCCCACAAUGCCGCUGAGAACAUCAUUAUACAGAAAGCAAUCCUCUGCUCGUUGGCCCGGCAGGAACACCAAGCGCCGUGAGGUGCUGUCCGUAAACAUGAUUAGCCUACCGCUGGGGGAUUUCCGCCAUAUCACACAUAUUGGCAACGAUGCCCACACAGACAGCUUUGGGGACCUGUCCUUCCUAAAGAUGGGCCACAACCUGCUUCUAAAAAGCUCCCAGAGCGAACAGAACCUCUUCAUGGCCUGCUCUCCUCCGCCAAAACCCCCUCGUCUCAACCUGGACGGGACAGACGGUUCGGAGAGCCCUAACUGGUCUGCUGGUCGCCACCUCAGCUCCUCCCAGAAGAGGAAGAAAUGCAGCUCUAUGCCGCUGCUGGACAGUGAUGACCUGGAAGAAGACAUAAAAGAGAUGGAUGGGUACCAAAGAGGGACUAAUGUCGCUUACGGACCAGGUCGGGGUAGUGUUAGUUCCGACAAGGAUGUAGACGCCACAGAUAUCUGUGAGAAAACUGCUGGAAAACAGAAGGACGAGGACAGUGGCUUUUCUUUCAGCCUCGACUUGGGCCCGUCAAUCCUGGAUGACGUUUUACAGGUGAUGGACAAGCAGCACAAUUAGACAACACUGUCACCAAGCAUCAAAGGAGGGUUCAACUACAUGAAUGGAAUAUAAAGAGGAGAUCCAACUCAACUUGUUCUGGGGUACACACCUCUGAAUUUAUGGACAAUGCAAUAUCCUAAAGAGAUGUUAUUGUUCACAUUCACUUGGAGAUGUAUCUCUGAUUUCAUUAUACUGAGGAACGAAAAAUAAGCUGUGGAGAGAACUGACAACAUCAAUGUUUCGAUGGACGUAAACUAACACACUGGAAACACUGAUGGACAGGAUAAAGAAUUCUGCAUUCUUUCAGCAUUUUAUUAAAACAUGUUAACUGUGGAUAAGAUCAUCACAGCAAACUUAAUAUGAACACCUUUCUGUCAAAGGAACCAGAUAUGUGUGCAUCCCCUGCGGUCCACGGGGUUUGUUCAAAAGUAAGCAUCAUUCGGAACAAAAGGUUAAACUAAAGAAAAGAAUAAGUUAACGACACUAAGUUAAUGUUCUCCUUAGUUUUGCAGAGUUAGACACAACAGUUAAGUUAAUAAUUGACCCCUGUCAGAUGAAAAUGUCCAACUCCAAGUUGGACAUUUUGACUUUCUUUUACUUCACUCCUUCCUUUGACUUCGUGUAAUCCCCUAAACCACACAGCACUGUGCUGAAAACGGCUGUUAAGACUUAAAGAGUGUUGUGUUUAAGAAAAGAAAAGCUGCGGCUACAAUCCAAGGUCCUCGAGCUGUGAUGUCUUGGCUCUUGGCGUGCUUGCCAAUCUAUUGUGUGCGGAGCGCAAUUUCUCCUCCGCACGCAUCCCAGAGGCCCCACUCAAAGGUAGACCAAGGUACCCCCCAUCUCUCAUUCCCAACAAUGCAGUGAAAACAAACACUUAGCUCUGCUUACAAUAAAAAGCCAGGCAGUGGUGGCAGGUUGGGCUGCAGACCAAGCCAGGCCACAGGUCCAAGACCUCAGAAUAAAAAAAGCUGGGGCAAACUGUUUUCUUAGCUGCAAAUCAGAGUCCUGUGCUCUGGUGAGUGGCACACGAGAAGGAAAGUGGUAAAGGGUUAUGUGAUACUUCCACAUAUGCAGGGGGUGUCGAGGGAGGAGGACCAGAGACAUCCAUUACUGUAGCACAAGUCCUGAUGAGGGUUUAAACACUACCUUCUGACCAAACACACCCCUCACACGUGAAAAAGACAUGCUUGCUUCUCACAUAGACUGACACACGAGUAAAGAGCAGCGUGUAAGCUUUAAACAUGUAAACGUGUACGAACGUGUGGUCAAGCUGGGAUUUGUGCAGACAAUCUCUGUCCAUUUUCCUCCCGUCUGGACAGAAGAGAGUCUGUGUCUUGGUAGGAGGUUGCCAGGGAAAGCUGUGGGGCAAACCCAGAACCAGUCAAAUUCCUAGGUGCCCAAUGGAUCGCGCCGCAAAAUAUAUACGAACCACAGUUGUCCCGGUUCUAGCAAUAGAUUCAGAAAUCUAUCUCUGUCCCAACAGAGACAGCAAUGUUUGUGGGUACAUCUGCGCUGUAUAUCUGUUUUGGCAUCUUCUAUUUUGAAGUGGAUAUCAUUGCCCCUGUUCCUUGUAUAUGUUGUGACAAUAACACAUUGUGAAAUCUCCUUUUUUCUUUUGCGUAGAAUUUUUUUUUACUGUUUUGUAUUUUGGGAAAGUAAAGAAAAAUAUCUUUUAAAUUGCAAGAUUGGUGGUUUUGUGGAUUGAAGUGCCCUGCGUUAACAUUUUAAGAGCUCGUAUGAGAUUGUUUACACACCCUGGUGGACUGAAUUUUUUGGGCUUUUUAACCGUCACAAGCCACUGUGGAAGAAAUAAGCCUUGUCUGUCAAUAAUAACUAACAGUUUCUGGAGAAAUUAUAGCCUCCGACUACAAGCAACAUAAUAUUAUUUCAAAGUGAAGAAACACAUAGGCCUAAAUAAGACGGGCAUGUUAAGCGGGAUUUCAUAGAGUCGCAUUGGUACAGUAAACCAGACUUUGACACAACUGCAGGCAUUUAGUGCACUGAAGUGCAAAGAAGUGAGACUCAAUGGCUAACCAGGGUGUGUCGGCAAUUUGUUAGGACCUUUCUGUACAGAUAAGCAUAAAGAGGUGUUCACAGACGUUAUAUAGCUCAGUUCCCCGCCAGCUUAAUGAACAAAGCCCCAUUCAUGCACAAGAAAAAAGGAACUAGAACGGCUCUCAGAUAGCAAAUACAUCCGCUAAGGCUCAAGAUUCCCCUUAUAAAAGCACAUUAUAAUUCACAAUUCAUUUGGAUCGGCGCCAAAUUGCACACACUCAUAAAUAUUAGUCCCUUAAAUGUGCCAGAUAUAAUUCAUUAAGAUUAAUGAAUUAUUCUCUGAGCAAUCAAGGAAAUAAUUGAAAAACACCUUCUAAAUGUUAAAGAGAAAAAAAUCCUGAAUCUGCCCCCUGAUCUGGAGCUGCAUCAGAACUUUAAUGGGUUCUUUCUUUGGUCAUGUCCAACCCCUCCGCAAGUUUUCCUGGAAAGUUGUGCAAUCCUGCUAACAAUCCAACAAACACAGAUUAAAACAUAACCUUACAUAAGGGUAAAAAAAAGCCUUAAACUUUUAAAAACAUAUACGUUUGUGUUUUAAAGGUUUUGGUAUUUUAUCUACUUCAGAAAGAAUACAUUAAGAAAACCUUUUAUAUAAUACCCUCCACAAUUGUACAUUUAGUGCUUUUGCCUUUCUUCAGAGAAAGAGUCCUUGGCUGCCGUGAGAUUGUCGUCGACACACGAGCCCUUGGUGUGAAGAAUCUCAUAGACUAAAGCUCAACAAGACUUGAGCUGCAUGACUGAUGUGAGAAGAAAGAGCCUGUAAUUGAGAACAAAUUAUCUUGUCUCCACUACACAAACUGGUCGAGCUGUGAAGUAUCCCAAUCCCAUCUGUUACCGCUUCGCUGUCUUCAAAAAGUCUAAACUUGCUGUCAUAAAGAAUACCAAGAAGCCCUGUCAUCUCACUGAAGAGAAGCAAGUUAUUUAUUUUGUCAGGUACUGACUUAAAAACUCAAAAUAUUGUUUUGGUAAAUAAGAGAUGUGUCUUCGGCUGUAAUUCAAAUGGGUUCUCAAAAAAGGAGGUUUUUGAUAAAACAAUGUUUUUGCUCCCUGUAUCAUGUCAGAACAAUUCAUCACGCUGUAGAUGGUGAGGGCAGAGCCGGUCCACAGCAUCGACCACCCACACCAGACGCAUGAUGAACUGGGUUUAUUUAUGUCAAACAAUUAUUGUGGAAUUUCAACCACACACUCAUCACAGCAGGCAUUUCAUUCUGCAUCUAAUGAGAACGUGCAAAACACAAAUCUGUAUAUGUCAAGCUAUCUUCUACCAAGGAGUAUGAGGGCCACUUAAAGAGAAACAAAUAUUGGAGAUUACAGUUGUAAUAUUAUGAAAAAAAAGUUGUGCAUUUAUAAUAAUGAAGUUGCAAUUCUACAAAAAUAAAGUUUGAAUUCACAUUACCACAAUAUUAUUGUUAUCAUUAUCAUCAGGACUCUGAAAAGAUUGUGUAAGCCACAUUUUAUUCUAAAAUAAAAAAAACACACACACAGACUUGAAGGAAAUUGAUCUUUUGUGGAGGAGGAAAUGUUUGGUAGUAAUGGACUGUAUAUAAUUGGUUACAUCAACAUGAUAUUCAAAGGGGUUUCGUAGUUUAAGGUUUUGGAUCCAGUGGGUGAGAAACUCCGGCGAACAAGGAUUCUCCUAGCUGCUUAUUUUUCUUGUAUUCAUUAUCAUAACGUUACGACUCUAUUCUUGUAAUAUUAAAAUUUUACUCUCGAAA